GGAGAAGCGAGUUUCUCUUUUGCCUUUCUUCUCCCCUUCCUCUCUCCCCACGCAAAGCAGGAGAGAAGAGAAGAGAAGAGAAGAGAGGAGACCAGGCCUUGACGCUGCUGAACAAUGGGGUCCCCUCCUGCGUUCUCGUCGGACGACCUCGUCGUCAAGUCGCCUAACGACCGCCGUCUCUACAGGUUCAUCCGCCUCCACAACGGGCUCUGCGCCUUGCUCGUUCACGAUCCCGAGAUUUACCCCGACGGCACUGCCCCCGCUCGCUCCGGAUCCCCCCGCGGCAGCGACGGCGAUGAGGAUUUCGACGAGGACGAAGAGGAAGAGGAAGAGGACGACGACGACGACGACGAAGAAGGAGGAGAAGAAGGAGAAGAGGACGAAGGAGACGAGGAGGACGAGGAGGAGGAAGAGGCACCCCGGCACGGCCAAACGAAGAAGGCAGCGGCGGCAAUGUGCGUGGGCAUUGGCAGCUUCUCCGAUCCUUACGAGGCGCAGGGUCUCGCUCAUUUUCUAGAACACAUGCUCUUCAUGGGGAGUGCAGAUUAUCCGGAUGAAAAUGAGUACGAUAGUUAUUUGUCCAAGCAUGGAGGUUCCUCAAAUGCAUACACGGAAGUAGAGCACACCUGCUACCAUUUUGAAGUCAAACGGGAGUUUCUGAAGGGCGCAUUGAAAAGAUUCUCUCAGUUCUUUAUUUCACCUCUAGUGAAAAUGGAUGCUAUGGAGCGGGAGGUGCUUGCUGUAGAUUCAGAGUUUAACCAGGUUAUGCAAAGUGAUGCUUGUCGUCUUCAACAACUCCAGUGUCAUACUUCUACACCGGGUCACCCAUUGAACAAAUUCUUUUGGGGGAAUAAGAAAAGUUUGGUUGAUGCAAUGGAAAAGGGGAUCAAUUUGCGGGAAUGUAUUCUGAAGUUGUUCAGCGAUUAUUACCAUGGGGCUCUGAUGAAGCUAGUUGUUAUUGGAGGGGAGCCUCUGGAUGUACUCGAGAGUUGGGUGGUGGAAUUAUUUGGUAAAAUCAAGAAAGGUCCUCCAGUUCAGUUUGAGUAUGGAAAGGAAAGAGCUAUCUGGAAAGCUGGUAAAAUUUAUUGGUUGGAAGCUGUCAAAGAUGUUCAUGUCCUCGACUUAACAUGGACGUUGCCAUGUCUGCGUCAACACUAUUCAAAGAAAUCGGAAGAUUAUCUAGCACAUCUUCUCGGUCAUGAGGGAAGAGGAAGUCUGCAUUCAUUUUUUAAAGCUAGGGGUUGGGCUACUUCUCUAUCUGCUGGCGUAGGGGAUGAAGGACUACAUCGAUCUUCAAUAGCGUAUGUGUUUGGGAUGUCUAUUCGCCUAACAGACUCAGGCUUGGAAAAGAUCUUUGAGAUGAUCGGCUAUGUUUAUCAGUAUCUCAAAUUAUUGCGUCAAGUUUCUCCCUCAGAAUGGAUAUUUAAGGAAUUGCAGGAUAUUGGUAACAUGGAAUUUAGAUUUGCCGAGGAGCAACCUCAGGAUGAUUAUGCUGCUGAACUUGCUGAAAACUUGCUUGUUUAUCCAGCUGAGGAUGUUAUUUAUGGAGACUAUGCUUACAAGGAAUGGGAUGAGGGGAUGAUUAGGGACCUUUUGGGUUUCUUCUCACCUGACAAUAUGAGGAUUGAUGUUUUGUCAAAAUCCAUCAACAAGUCAAAAGAUUUCCAGCUUGAGCCUUGGUUCGAGUCCUGCUAUAUUGCGGAAGAUGUUUCUCCAACUCUACUAGGCCUUUGGGCAGAUCCUCCAGAAAUAGACUCCUCGUUGCAUCCACCUUCGAGGAAUGAAUUCAUUCCACGUGACUUUUCCAUCCGUGUGGAUGAAGUGCAUAAUCACGUUUCUUAUGUGUCAUCUCCAAGAUGUAUACUGGAUGAGCCAUUGAUAAAGUUAUGGUACAAGCUAGAUGAUACUUUUAAAUUUCCUCGUGCAAAUGCAUACUUUCGUGUAAACUUGAAGGGGGGAUAUGAUGAUGCAAGGAGCUGCCUUAUGACCGAAUUGUUUAUUCUCCUUCUCAAGGAUGAGCUCAAUGAGAUCAUCUAUCAGGCAAGUAUUGCCAAGUUGGAAACGUCAUUGUCAUUCUUUAGUGACAAGUUGGAGCUAAAGCUCUAUGGGUUCAAUGAGAAGCUUCCGAUUCUUUUGUCCAAGAUUUUGGCCAUUGCCAAAUCCUUUUUGCCGACUGAUGAUCGUUUCAAGGUUAUAAAAGAAGAGUUGGAGAGAACUCUGAGAAACACCAACAUAAAACCUUUAAAUCAUUCGACAUAUUUGAGACUACAAUUAUUGUGCAAGACUUUCUAUGACGUUGAUGAGAAGCUGUGCUGUUUGGGCGAUGUGACUAUUGAUGAUCUGAAGGCAUUCAUCCCUAUACUUCGUUCCCAGCUUUAUAUUGAAGGCCUUUGUCAUGGAAAUUUGCUUGAAGACGAAGCUAUUGUUUUAUCAGAGGCAUUUAGAGUCAACUUACAUGUCCAAGCACUUCCAGUUGAGAUGAGGCAUGGGGAACAUAUUGUAUCUCUUCCUUCUGGUGCAAACCUUGUAAGAGAUAUCAGGGUGAAGAAUACAUCGGAGACAAACUCUGUUGUUGAGCUUUACUUCCAAAUCGAACCAGAAGUGGGAAAAGAAUCAAUCAAAUUGAAGGCUCUGAUGGAUCUUUUUGAUGAGAUAGUGGAAGAACCUCUGUUCAAUCAGCUAAGGACGCAAGAGCAGCUCGGCUAUGUUGUUGAAGGUAGUCCCAGGGUGACAUACCGCAUUUAUGGGUUCUGUUUCUGUGUUCAAUCUUCCAAAUAUGACCCUGUCUACUUGCUUGGGAGGAUCGACAAGUUCAUAGACAGUCUGGAAGAAUUACUGGGUGGCCUUGAUGAUUGUACUUUUGAUAAUUACAAAAAUGGGUUAAUAUCGAAGCUGCUGGAGAAAGAUCCAUCCUUGACGUAUGAAACGAAUCGAUUCUGGAGUCAGAUAAUUGAUAAAAGGUACAUGUUUGACUUCUCAGAGAGAGAAGCCGAAGUUCUCAGAAACACUAAGAAGGAUGAAGUCAUUAACUGGUAUAAAACAUACUUGCGCCAACCAUCUCCCUGUUGCAGGAGACUUGCUGUGCGGGUAUGGGGUUGCAACACUGACUUGAAAGAUGCUCAUGCACAGAGAGAUCCUAUGCAAAUCAUUGAUGACCUUGCCUCGUUCAAGUUGUCAUCAAAAUACUACCCAAGUCUUUGUUGAGCAGAUGCUACCUGGAGAAAUAGUAUUUGUUUAAACUAUAGAUGAUCUCAAGGAAAGCUAGCCGGUGGGGUCAAGUUUGACUAAUUUCUUCUUGAGAUGAAUUUAUGAGACAAUGGGAACUGAUGAUACAUCGUGAUGACAUGUCUAGUUUCCCAAUGAUUGUCGUACUCUUAAGUGCUGGUGCUGGGAUUCAGGACCUGCCUUUGACCAUCAUCAAUGAAGAGCUAAAAAUUUUUUUCACUGAAGGCUGGGAUGAGCCAUCUCAGACUGAAUGUGAAGGAAAUAACAGAUCCGAGUACCUAGUAAAGGAUUGGCCAAAAAAGGAAGAGUAUUUAAUAUAGGAAGUCAUUGUUCUCUAUUUUUACAUAUCCAGAGCCGUAGAGACCGCAUUCUAGCUUAUUUAUCAUAUUCUUUGUUGCUGUGUUGAUGUUGGGUUUUUGCUGGUCGGAAGUGUGGAUGAUUUUUAGCCAGCUUCAGUUUGUUGCUUCUUCCUAUUGUAAGACAUUUUGCAAAAACAGGUCUAAAAAGCUGUACGAUGUUGGUCAGGACACGGUAAUGAGGAUCGACCAUUGUUGCUUUCUUUUA